AGACUUGCAGAGCGCAUGUAGGUUGUCACCUUGUCCGGGGACUGAAGAGAUAAUGGCGAGGAGCAGCAGAGCUGGUCGUUUUUUGAUUUAAGGGAGGGGAAAAAGGAAACAAAAAAUGAGAGCCUUUGUGUUGAGGCUGAUGAGCUCUGGAGGAUUUCUGAAGGGAUCAGUAACAGUUUACACAGAAGAAAUGUCCACAACUGCAAGUCCAACCAUUCCCUCCUCACAGCUGACAUCGGAUCAACUCACAGUGGUCGCUGCGUCCUUUUCUUCUUUGGUGUUCUUUGUGGUCAUUGUGGUGCUGCUGUCCAUUAUUUAUCGCAAGGAUCCUCAGUGCUGCAAAGUCCGCUCUUAUCAGGGGCCACAUGCAGAUAUGGAUGCUCCUCCUCAGUACUACAGCAGCAGACAUACACUGGUGGGAUCUCCUUGUUCAGAGCAGACGCAGAUGAUGGGUGACGACAACACUCAGCAGGCAGGUCAGCUGUUCUUCGUCGGCCUGCCCUCCAGCUACAGCCUGCCCACACUGGAGGCCCCCAUGCCGAGGCUCCCCUCCUAUGAGAGCGUUCGAAAGAAGGACCGCCAGAGGCAGAUCCACAUGAUGAUCGCGGACCGCUUCGGACUCAAUGGACCCAUUGUGACUGAGCCACCUCCAACAUAUGAAGAGAGUAUCCGCCAGUCUAUGGAGCUGCCCUACAACGUCCUCUCAUCCAGCCUGGACAUCCCACCUCCUCAGAGUAUCCACACCAGCACAGGGCCUGACAUUCAAACCCACGCACCUCAUCCGGUCAACUCGGACACCAACAGCACUGUUCUCCCAGUGUGACGCUCAUCACGUUCUCAAGCUGCCUGAUGAAUGUGAAAGAAACUUGAUCGCUUUCAUACAGAGGAAGUCACCAAAUGAAUACAAAGGCUGAAGACUGAUGAUGAUUGGAUCAUUCACACAUUGAGAUACCUGGAGACUGAGCUUAUGUAGAGAGACCACUAAUGUUGGUUCACGAGCUGAGGAGCUACCAAAGAGGAGGUGAACUCCUAAAGGAAAGGAUGCAUUUGACUGGCACAUAUGAAUGUGAAAAAACACUCUACCAUGCUGAUGGAUUUCAGAAGAGAAACACUGGAUUUGAACAUUUACCGAGGUGGCUGGUACAUCUUGAUGAGGACAGAGGAGAAAGAGAUUUGUGGACUACAGGACUGAAACAUACCAAAAAGGGAACCACUGUUUACUCUAUCAGUGAACAUUUGUUUUUGCUGUUUCCUCUCCUCUUUUAUUCUGCUGUUCCUCAGUCACAGACCUCAUAGUCUGACUUAUAAGGUUAUCAGAGACCUGUUUGGUGAGUUGCUGUAAAGCAUGUCUCUGUGCCCCACUGAGACGGUGUCAUACUGCUCCAGCAUGUGGUUCAACCUGUGAAGGGGAGAAUUAGAAAAGGUGCUAAUGAGAGUUCCUUUCAUGAACUUAUAAUAAGACAUUAUAAUAAGACACCUUCUCUAAACGGCUUCACCAAAUGUUUUUUUUCCCUUUUUACCACUUACCCUCAGCUAUCUUUUGUUUUUCUGCUAAGGCAGAUUUGACUUUAUGAUUUCUUGCUUUCUUAUCAAACAUUUCAUAAACUACUAUUGUAUGUUAUUUUAUGUAUUAAGUCUGUUUUACUCAAGUCAAGACCAAAUAAGGUUCUGUUCCCCAAAAGGCUUAAAGGCCUCAGCGGAUGUGGAUGCGAAAUAGAGAAAUACCAAGUUCCUUGUCAAGGCCUGUUUUGUUUGUCUUGAUCCAGCAAAGUUAUUUUCUGCAACUUACUGUGAACACAUGCAACAUUUUGGUCCUGUACUGUAUUUAUUUAAGAAAAACACAUUUUACAUUAUUUCUCUGUGAAAACAAAUGUAAUAAAAUCUUUUCUGUUUUGUUCAUGCACUGUUACAAUUACACAGUAACAGAUAUACAUAUUUUUGAAACAAACAUAUAAAGAUUAGUUGGACUCUUGAAUAACACUCAUCAAUCUGAUUUGAGUGGUUUUACUUUUCUCCAGCUCUCCCAUGGUCUUUAUUAUCAGUUCUUCAGUUACAAUUAAUUUCCAAAAAUAAACAGUGUAAAUAAUAUUGUUAUAAAUUCAAUAAUAUCAGAAAUGUAUCUCUGGAAUAAAGAAAAAAGAACAAUUGGUAA